GACUUUGGCCACCAGAGUUGGACCCUUAGAUCCAAGCUAAGAAAUCAACAGCAGCCAUUUUGUUCGAGUCCCUGAAGAAGAAUGUAGAAAAUCUAGUGGCAGGAGAAGAAAAAGUAAAUCGUGAACGGAAAAUUUUCGUCAUCGUUCACCUCGUGAUGCUAGGUAGUGCCGCUGAUUGUUAACGGAUUGUUAUAUUGUCGAAAAAAAAGUUUACAUAAAAAUUGAAAAUUUGGCGGCGACCCCUACUGUGGAGAUCCUCGGACGACUACAGUGGGACGGGGUUGUUCUUUUUUUUUUUGAAGUGAAAGCCGUUGCCGUGAAGGAAGGCUUGAAUUCUGCACGGUCGACGGAAGAAGCUAAAGUUCCUCUCUGGAAGGCUCCGUUUUACCGCCCUCAAAGUGAUUCACCAACAUUUAUUAAUACAGUGGCCGGCGCGUUGGACGCUUUAAUUGAUUGAAGAAAGGAAAAUUUCGGAAGAAAGCAUCUUACCUGUCUUGUCUUUCUCCCAUCCAUACAUCCUCAAUGGCUGUGGAGAAGAGUGCUCUAUGACCUCUCUUUACUUGUCCAAGUGUCAUGUGCUGCUGGUGGGGAAGAUUGUGCGAUGAGUCUUUUUUAGCAGAAGAGGUGCUUGGUUUAACCUAAAGAAAGUCAUGGCUGAACACCUUAUUGAAGGGCCGCCUAACAAGCGGCCCAAACUGAAUGAUGCUAUUGGCAACUGCUCUACUGAUUCAUCAGAUAUGAUUGGGAAUCCACUAUUUGAUCUUGAAAGCAAUCUGCCUGAUGAGCUUUUCAACACAUCAGGAGGGGGCUGGAGUAAUGCUACUGCUAAUGUGAGCCAGCCGACUGCCCAGCCACAGCAGCAGCAACAGCAGCCUCCACAACAACAACAGUGUGUUCAGAGGCCCCAGUCUAUGGGCCCUAACAAUCCUGGAAUGGGAAUGUCGAUGGGCUUAGGACCUGGUUCUCAGCAGCAACAAAAUGGAUCAAUGGAUGCUCAACAUCAUCACCAGCUUCCUCAUAUGGGAAUGCAAAACAAAGCUUCGCUGAACAAUAUGAGUGGUGGUGCGAUAAGUGGCAGUGCAAUUGGGCAAAACAACAUGAACAUGGCUAAUAGUAGUUUAAAUAAAGGCCCUCUGAAUAGUAAGUUGAACUCACCGCCUGGCAGUGCCCCAAUGCCCAUGAUGAAUUCUAUGGGAAAUGGCCCACAAAUGAUGCAGUCGUUGCAGCAGCAACAACAGCAGCAGCAACAAUCAAUGAAUAACAUGUUGAAUCCAACUGGAAUGGGUGGUGUGAACGUGUCGAUGAAGACACCCGGGUCCAUGAUGAAUGCCGGCCAAAUGAGCCAGGGUUUACACAACGGCCCACAAUCCAUGAUGGGCAGUGCUAGGCCUGUUGGAGGCCUUCCUAACAAUAUGAUGCCGCAACAGCAACAACAACAACAAACGCCAUUAAGAGGGCAGCUUAUACAAGGGAUGAAUCCUCAAGGACCUCGCUUGCAGGGACCGGGAAUUGGUGGAAUGGGAGGCAUGGGCCCAAAUGCCGGGCCCGGCUCGAAUGUGAUGACCAAUUCCAAUCAAUAUGGCUUUGCUAAUUCGAACAUGCCAAAUGCUAUGAUGGCAGCCCAACAGCAAAGACCUAUCGGUACAGCUAAUGGUGGUAUUCCUCCAAUGCAAAAUGCCAUGCAGCAGCAGCAACAACAACAGCAGCAGCAACAACAACAACCGAGGUUUAAUAGCGAGCAAAAUAUGAAUCCCAACAUGUCAGCACGACCAGUUAUGAUGCCUGGUGGAGCAGCGGCGAUGGUUUCAGCGCCGAUGGUAUCAUCAGCGUCAUCCACUGUCACUCAGACUCCUAUGGUUUCUGCCCAACAACAGCAUCCUCAACAACAACAGCAGCAGCAAUACACACCAGUGGCCGCUAAUGCUCCUCAAGUGGCAGCGCCAAGCCCAGCUGUUACUCCUGUCGUGCCAGUCGCCGCAGGAUCGGCCGGUGGUGCAGGAGCAGCUAAUGCGGCAGCAACUGCCGAUCCCGAGAAAAGGAAACUGAUCCAGCAGCAACUUGUACUCCUUCUUCACGCUCACAAGUGCCAGCGAAGAGAGAACCAGGCCAACGGAGAGUGCACCCUUCCACACUGCCGGACAAUGAAAAAUGUUUUGAACCACAUGACGACAUGCCAGGCGGGAAAAUCAUGCCAAGUACCUCACUGCUCCUCUUCGCGGCAGAUAAUUUCUCAUUGGAAAAACUGUAAUCGUUCCGACUGCCCCGUCUGCCUGCCUCUCAAACAGGCAGAUCGGAAUAAAGCUCCUCAUAAUGCUUCUCAACCGAGUCCUGCCGGUUUCGAUGUCGGUCUUGGUUCCAACUCGAUUGGCGCAUCGUCUGCGGCACCCGGUCAAGGUAUCCUACCAACAUUGAAUCAAGGCGGUGCUGUCGGAGGAGUUCAGGCUCCUCCUAACGCUGUAGGUGGGAUGCCGAGGCCUUUACUACCACCCCAACAACAGCAGCAAAAUUCAAUGGUUCCAAUGAACAAUGCCCAGUUAGCAGGAAAUAACCCUCCGUCAGCCGUCGCCGCAGCUGGGCAACCUGUUCCUCCUGGUGCCAUGAAUCGUGGCCCUCCUCAUAACGCGGCGCUGCAAUCUCAGCAGCAAACCGCUGGUUCCACCACGGCAAGGAAUAUUAGGGGUUCCAUCUCAGACAACGCAUCCAACAUUGAGCACAUUAUGAGCCCGGUAAAUUCAACAACUCCCUUGCCUGGUGGACUGCAGCCAAGUCAGGUCACAGCCGAUCCUGUUCAAGGGUCUAAAGAGUGGCAUCAGUCGGUGUCACCCGAUCUGCGUAAUCACUUGGUUCAGAAACUCGUUCUGGCCAUCUUUCCAACUCCCGAUCCACAGGCAAUGUUGGAUAAACGGAUGCACAACUUGGUGGCCUAUGCUCGGAAAGUCGAAAGUGACAUGUACAAGAUGGCUGAUUCCCGCUCCGAGUAUUAUCACCUUUUGGCUGAGAAGAUUUACAAGAUUCAAAAGGAGCUGGACGAGAAGCGUCAAAAGCGCAAGGAGCAACAACAAGCUCAGCAAACGCCUACUUCUACGCCGACGACGCCGCUGCAACAGCAGCCUCCUUCCGCGCUCUCCCAUCUUCAAUCUGGCCAACAAGUACCUCCGCAACAGCAGCAACAACAACAGCAACAACAACAACCUGUACCACCAAGCAAUAACGCAGGUUUGAGGCCUAAUAUGCCAGGGAUUGGGGAAUCUGGGCAGGGGGCACGAGGAAUCGCACCUACGAGCGGAAUGAUGAUGCGCAACCCAACUCCCAUACCACCCAGUCCAGUGGGAAUGAGUCAAGUGCCCAAUCAACUCGCUCAGCAGCAACAGCAGCAACAGAGAAUGUCUAUGCAGCAAAUAAGACCGGAUCAUGGUAACAUUGGGCCACCCAAUCAAACUGUUCCUCUUCCUGGAUUGUCGCCUUACGGUAGUAUGGGCACUCCUAUGAGCGCUAGUUCGCCCUUUCCCAGUGCCAAUAUGAACCAAAACGCGUCUCAGCAACAACAGAUGCGUAACCGAAUGCCUGCUCCUCCAUACUCAGUGUCUCAACAGCAGCAGCAGCAGCCACAGCAGCGACAACAACCUAAUCAUCCAAUGAUGAUGCAACAGCAGCAGCAGCAGCAGCAACAACAACAACAACAGCAGCAGCAGCAGCAACAGCAUCAGCAACAACAGCAAUCAGUCCAGUCUUCCGACCAACAGCAGCAUAUGAACGAGCGGAUGACUCCGAACGGGAUGCCUUCAGCGAAUAUGCAGCAAGGGAUGAACAUGCCCAUGCCCAACACCCCGUGCGGAAGCUUUGCUGAUACACCCAGCACGAUGCCAAUGUCGGACUCUACUCCUUUACACGCUGGUGGUAGCAUGAGUGACGCCAGUUGCGGUACGGGCGGCGGAGGCAGCGGUAUGAAGACCGAGGUGAAACACGAAACGCCCUCUGGAGGGUACUUCAGUGUGAAAAAGGAGGAGACGGAUCCACAGCAAAUGUUGCAACAGGACGGCGAUGCCUUUGACGGUCGGGACUCGGGAAUGAUGGAGGUUAAAACGGAGCCUAUCGAUGUUCCAGCCAGCGUUUCCAGUAGUAUGGAAGGAACAGAAGAUAUCAAAGAGGAGGAAAAACCAGAAAUGAAGACGGAACCUAUGGAUGAUGGGCAUUUUAACAACGACAGCUCCUCGUCGAGCCACCUACAACCUCGUCUCACUGGCGUCAAAGAAGAAAAAGAGGAGCCAUCGACACCUCUUUCAGCGGCCAGCAAUACGAACGAUACCAGCAGUUCAGAUGUGAAACCAAGUGGAGGUUUUGGCGGCGGCAAUUCCGAUUCUUCUGUGACGACGCCGGGCCCUUCCGCUAGCGCCAGCUCUAACACAAAACCAACAACUGCCAUACCUCCGUUGAUCCGCCCGAAGAAGGAAGGCAAAAUCGUCUUCUCACCCGACGAGCUUCGUCAGGCAUUAAUGCCAACUUUAGAGAAGUUGUACCGUCAAGACCCCGAUUCCAUCCCAUUCCGCGAUCCGGUCGAUCCGCACAAACUUGGCAUUCCCGAUUACUUUGACAUAAUCAAGAAACCGAUGGAUUUAGCCACCAUUCGGCGGAAGAUCGACAAUGGUCAAUACAAGGAUCCGUGGGAGUAUGUCGACGAUGUUUGGCUCAUGUUUGACAAUGCUUGGCUUUACAACCGCAAGACGUCGCGAGUCUAUCGAUGCUGUACCAAGCUUUCUGAAGUAUUUGAGCAAGAAAUCGAUCCAGUCAUGCAAUCUUUAGGCUACUGUUGCGGCCGAAAGUACACAUUCAAUCCGCAGGUGCUUUGCUGUUACGGCAAGCAGCUGUGCUCCAUCCCGCGUGAUGCCAAAUAUUUUAGUUACCAUCGCUACACUUACUGCCUCAAAUGCUUCAAUGACAUUCCCGGAGACACGGUCUCUCUUGGCGACGAUCCUACUCAGCCACCGACGGUUAUUCGAAAAGAGCAGUUCACCGAGUUGAAGAACGACGCGCUAGAUCUGGAGCCGUUCGUCGAUUGCGGCGAGUGCGGAAGAAAAUUGCAUCAGAUAUGCGUCCUUCACAUGGACUGCAUCUGGCCGCAAGGUUUCACCUGCGACAACUGUCUCAAAGGACGCGGUGAUAAGCGUAAAGAGAACAAGUACGGUGCCAAACGGUUGCCAACCACCAAAUUAUCAACGUUCAUCGAGAAUCGAGUCAACAACUUUUUGAAGAAGAAGGAGGCGGGAGCAGGUGAAGUGUCGAUUCGAGUCGUCGCUUCGGCUGACAAGAUCACCGAAGUCAAGCCGGGAAUGAAGAGUAGAUUCGUCGACAACGGAGAAAUGUGCGAGACAUUCCCAUACAGGGCAAAGGCUUUGUUCGCCUUCGAGGAAAUUGAUGGAACCGACGUCUGCUUUUUCGGUAUGCAUGUACAAGAGUACGGAUCGGACAGUCCUAGUCCAAACACGCGACGCGUCUAUCUGGCCUACCUCGAUUCGGUCCAUUUCUUCAGGCCGAAACAAUUCCGUACUGCCGUCUAUCACGAGAUUCUUCUCGGUUACCUGGACUACGUCAAACAGUUAGGCUAUUGUAUGGCGCACAUCUGGGCCUGUCCACCGUCAGAGGGCGACGACUACAUCUUCCACUGCCACCCGCCCGAUCAGCGCAUUCCUAAGCCGAAACGGCUACAGGACUGGUACAAGAAGAUGCUUGAUCGCGGCAUCAUUGAGCGAAUCGUUCUCGAUUACAAAGACAUCCUCAAGCAAGCUAUGGAGGAUAAUUUAAAAUCUGCGGCCGAACUCCCUUAUUUCGAAGGUGACUUUUGGCCCAAUGUUUUGGAGGAGAGCAUUCGCGAAAUGGAUCAAGAGGAAGAAGAGAAGAGACGUCAAGCGGAAGCGUUGGAGGCCGCUGCGGCUGCCGUCAGCACAGACGAGACGGAAGCAGGACCGGAUGGUAAAAAGAAAGGCCAGAAGAAAGCGAAGAAAUCCAACAAGGCCAAGGCAAACAACCGGAAAAACAACAAAAAAUCCAACGCCCCACAGACGGGCAAUGACCUCUCGACCAAAAUCUUCACUACUAUGGAGAAGCACAAAGAGGUGUUUUUCGUGAUCCGGUUGCAUUCGGUGCAAGCGGCUGCUUCAUUAGGACCAGUCGUAGAUCCUGAUCCACUCAUCCAGUGUGAUUUGAUGGACGGCCGUGAUGCCUUCCUCACUCUAGCCCGUGACAAGCACUACGAAUUUUCUUCCCUUCGUCGCUGUAAAUAUUCAUCCAUGGCCAUGUUGUACGAUCUGCACAACCAAGGAACGGACCGCUUUGUCUACACUUGCAACAAUUGCAAGUCCCAAGUCGAAACGCGAUUCCACUGCACUGUCUGCGACGAUUUCGACUUGUGCGUUCCUUGCUACGAGAAAGAUGGGCAUCAUCACAAAAUGGAGAAAUUGGGAUUCGAUCUGGACGAUGGUUCGUCUCCUUCCGAUUCCAAACAGGCCAACCCACAGGAAGCUCGGAAGUUGUCCAUCCAACGUUGUAUCCAGUCGCUUGUUCACGCCUGCCAAUGUCGCGACGCCAACUGCCGCUUGCCGUCUUGUCAGAAGAUGAAGCGCGUUGUCACGCACACGCGUUCUUGCAAACGCAAGACCAAUGGCGGCUGCCCAAUUUGCAAACAACUGAUCGCCCUGUGUUGCUACCAUGCCAAACACUGUACCGAGACGAAAUGCAUGGUGCCGUUCUGUCUCAACAUCCGGCAAAAGUUGCGACAACAGCAACUACAGCAGAGGCUUCAACAUGCUCAUUUUCUCAAGAGAAGGAUGGCAGCUGUUUCGUCUAUGAGUAUUCGAUCGGCAUGCGGGACAGGGCCGAGUACGCCCGGACCGAUGGGUUCGGGUAUGGGCCCCUCGUCUCCAUUAGAGAGCCCCGGAGCUGGAGAUAUGAUGGGCAUCGGUGGCCAUUCUCAUCACAAUCAACCAGGAGCCGGCAUGAAACCAGCCACGCAGACACCACCCGCCAAUGUUCUCCAGGUUGUGAAGCAGGUCCAAGAAGAGGCAGCCAGUCAAGUGCCUCAACAAGGAGGAUUCGGUAAAGGUGGCAUGGGAAUGAUGAACUCUAUUGGGGGUAUCCGACCUCAACAUCCGCAACAACAGCAAUCGGUCGGUGGUAUGGGCGCCGUGAAUCCAGCGAUGGUGAUGCCUCCUCCUCAGAUGAUGCAGCACCCUCGUCCAAUGAACAUGCAGCCUGUUGGUAUGCCGGGCAAUAUGGUCGGCACCGGUAUGCAAGUCAAUCAAGUCGCUGGAGGUGUACCCUCUGGACCAAACCCAAUGGGUGGCAUGGGAGGUGGCGGCAUGCCCAUCAACAAUAUGCAAGGGAAUCGCAUGGGCAUGGGUGGCGACCAACAAUGGGGAGGACCUCGGUUUGUCAAUCCUGCUCAAGGAGGUGCAGGGCCCAAUCAAGUUAUGGGUCAGCAACAGCAGCAACAACAGAUGCGGCCCAUGGCUCCCAAUAACAUGAUGGCAGCUCAGCAACAGCAACAAGGCCAAGCAUCACCUGCUAUGGCUAUGGGCAAUGCGCAAGGAGCCAUGAUGGGUCCUGGAAGUGGAGUUCCUGGUGUCGGACCUAAUGUUGCGCAACAGCAACAACAGGUCAAUUCCGUUCAACAACAACCCCAGGCGCAGAUACAGCCAGGAACUUUGGCGCAGAUACCUGUGAGUGCGGGUGGAAUUGCUGGUCCAGGAGGAGCCCAGCGCCCUCUGCCACAAGCCCUCCACCAACUCUUGCAGACGCUCAAGUCACCAAGCACACCUCAACAGCAACAGCAAGUAGUGCAGAUUCUACGUAGCAAUCCCCAGCUGAUGGCAGCCUUCAUCAAGCAACGCUCUGUUCUCCAACAACAGCAGCAGCAAAAUCAAAACCAGCAACCACAGCAGGGUCAACAAGUCCCUAACCAACAGAGCCAACAAGGUCCGAUGGCCAACACCAUACAAGCCAUGCAAGCCCAACCAGGAAUGCAAGCAGCCAUGCAGAAUAUUCAGCAGCAGCAACAACAACAGCAGCAACAACAACAACAGCAGCAAAAUCAACCCCAACAACAAAACAUGCAACAAGGAACUGGUCCGCCUGGUAUGAUGGGCAAUGUUGGUAUGAAUGCAGGUCCACCGAAUCAACAACAAACGGUUCAGCAGCAACAGCAGCAGCAAUGGUUGAGACAACAACAGCACCAACAACAAAUGAUGGCAAUGCAGAGGCAACAGCAGCAACAGCAGCAGCACCAACAACAGCAGCAACAGGGCUUCCAACAACCACCUCCAGUGCAGCAUUUUGGGCCAAGAGCAAGGCAGCCUUUACCGAGUAUGGGUGGCUUUCCUCAGCAGCAACAGCAACAGCAGCACGGCUUUGGAGGCAACGGAGAUGGCAACCAGUUCAUGAGUCCCAACAACCAGGGUCAAUUUGGCGGGCAACAGCAGCCAACGAUGCAACAACUUUUGCAGCAGCAGCAGCAGAUGAAAAACACGCCUCCUCCGACCAUGUCGCCUUCGCCGCAGCAACAAGGCGGCAUGAUGGUACCUCCUAACGUUUCUCCCCAACAACAGUUGAUGCAUACCGUCCGAUCACCGCCUCCGUCGUCUUUACCACAGACGGUUCGCUCCCCGCAGCCCAAUCCUUCGCCCCGGCUCGGUCCUUCGCCUUCUCCGCGCCAGCCAGCUCCUUCGCCUCGGAUGGCCACGCAGUCCCCUCAUCACUCGAUGGUAGCCGCAGUGGCAGCGCAGCAACAACAGCAGCAACACCAACAGCUUGGAGGAGGCCACGACCCGUCCGACGCCCUCAUGCAGUCACAGAUGAUGAGCAACGUUCAGGAUCAACAGCAGCAGCAGCUGGAAACGCCGCAGGAUCAGCUUUCCAAGUUUGUCGAGGGACUUUGAUCGUUGGACUUGAUCAUGGCCCAUCAUACAGCAUUAGGAUCCGGAGAAGAGCUUUUUCCAAAAGCUUGGGUAUUCAGUAUUAGGAGCUUCCUCUUGUUUUGUUUUGAGUUCUUCUCCGUUUGUUAUACAUUCUUAAGUGACCUUGACUGCGAGCCAAGCAAUAGCAAGUUAGUUGGCAGAAUCUUUUGGAAGGCGUUCAUCCCGACCCCGCCGCUUCUGUCCUAACCACACUACCAAAACUUCUCCUUUCUCUCAAAUGGCGAAAAAAGAAAGUGGACAAAUUCCCAUCACACAUGCAUGUAAAAUCUUUACGGGGCACACACAAGCGGCAAAGAGGUGUUUUUCUGUGGAUCACGAACGACAUUUUUUUUUCAGGAUCUCAAAUCAGUCUAGAAAGUAGACUCCACAACGACGAGUUAUGGAGAGCAUCAAAGAUUGGAUGUGUUUUUUGACCUUAUAAAGAUAUACAUAUGGUGAAAGCGUCUAGGAGGCAACGACUGGCGAUAAACAAAACCACCGUUCUUCGAAUUUGAGGAAAUAAAAACUUGGGAGGUUUUGAAAUAAAAAAAAUUAAAAUGCUCAAUCCUACGAUUUCCUCCCCUCCCUUAUAUCUUUUUCUCUCUUCGCAGUGCGAUUGACGAUUGGAUUUCAUUUCUUUAUUUUGAGCCCCAAUAUGCGAAUCCUGUAAAUAAAUGUAACAAGGAAAACAUACCCAAAUAGGUGGACACCACCGUUCCUAAACGUCCGUCUCCUCACUUCAACCUACCCAACUCUUAUGAUUAUUGUGUUUCUUUUUUUUUUUUUUGAAUUUUUUGCCACAAUCAAACCGUCAACAGUUCUUUUUUGUGUGUGCGUGAAUGCGUGUCAUUGAAAGGAAAAAAACCUCUAUUCUCGCCCUGAUCUUCCUUCAUAUUUUCCUCAUUUACCUUGUUUGAACACUGAAAAUUUUUUAAAAAGUAAAAAUUAUCUUAUAAGAAAAAUUCUGCUAGAAUCGACUUUGUAUGUGUGAGUGAGUGUGAGUGUUCGUCUAUGGCAACUUGUGGCACAGCGCAUCGUGUCUUCGUAAGUGUGCGUCUGUAUUAUCAAGUCAGUUGGAUGACAUUAGUGUAAUUUGUACAGGUGAAAACAACAAAAAAAAAACAAAUUCUCAGUGCUAUUAUUCUAUUUUGUAUCGAGAUGACGCGUUGGACUCGGUCUCCCAAAUUGGGCGUCAUUAAAUUCUGAAAAAAAAGCGAUGUCAUCUUUAUAAUGUUUUCUCGAGCGAAACUGAACUUUUCCCGUAUUUCCUUCUGCUCCAACUCCACCACCACUCCUCCACAACAAAAAAAAGCAGCUGAGAGCAUUGCUUUUUUGUAUAAUGAUAAAAGGGAACAACUUUUUUGUGCUUGUCGAUUAAUUAUUAUUUUUCAUUUUCGUGUGUGGUCGGUCUUUUUUUUCAAUCUUUUUUCUUGUGCGUGUUAUACGUGACUGUUGUGGACAAGAUAAUGUGUACAGGAUAAUUUGCAGUUCAUUUGUAAAUAUUACUUGUUACUCUUUUGAUUACAAACCGUCUGAUCAUUCUUAAAAUAA